ACCAAACGAUUUCAUCCGUCGUCGUUCUCUCCGUUGGAGCUGCCGGGGCCUGAGCAGAAGGAGCUUUUCCGCUUGCUCGGGAAGUAAUGGGCGGUGGAGCAGGUUCCGGCGCCGGCGAAGGGUAUGUGCCUCCGCCGGAAUUCGUGGAAGAUUCGAAAGAAGCUCUGGUCGAUCUCGACGCUUCCGACUCCACCGAACUUUGGCUCAUCCAGUGGCCUACCCAGAUGCCUCCUGAUUUAGAUGGCCAAGAACUCACACUCAAGCUUCAUCGUGACGGGAAAUUGGGGAGUUGUGAGGAUUCAUCUGGCAAGGAAUAUGAUGUGGUUAGCUAUGCUGCUCAAGAGCCCGAUGCAACAGUUUUCGUGUCCUCUUCCUCAGGUCCAAGAUUUGUUGGGAAGAUUUCAAGGAGAGUCUCCCUGGUGCGCUACCCAGAUCCUAAUGAGCUCAAGGAACUUCGGCAAUUAGGACCAUUGUCUCAGACACCAUCCAGAACGUCAGUUACAAAUGCCUCUAGUCAAUUUCCCCACUUGACAUCAAACAGUAUACUGAGAAGUUCACGUUCAUCCAGAGGAAACACAGCCUCCACUCGUAGCAGUCGGCAGAAAAGCGGUAUAUCUUAUGCUGGAGAGACAUCAGAACCAUACAAGAGGAGAUAUCCUCAUGAGUCCACUGACUCCUUGGGUUUGGGGAAUAGUACUCAAGACUCUGGGCGAGGUCAUGGCAGCGCAAUAACUGCACAGUUCUCAGAGCAUUCCCGAGAUCACGGCUCAGCUGCUUCAUCUCUGUCAAGGGAGCAUUCUGACGGGAAAUCGAAGAAGAAGAAGAAGAGAAUUGAAGACUGAAACUGCUCGGUGUUUGCUCUGUAUGCUUCAUGUGAAUUGUUUGUGUUUUCUCACCGAGCAUGACUUCUGAAUUCCAGGGGGGUUAUGUUCAUUAAUAUAUGUUUAGAUCAUUUCAUAA